UAGAUAGUAACGAUGAUUUACUGCUGGAGCAACAUCGCGUUUGUGAUUGUAGCGGCUGCUACGGUAUCUGGUUACAGCUUCGAUAACUCAGAGUUCAACCAAUUCUUGGCAAAUGACUUGGACGACCUGUACUCCAACUUCCUCCACCAUCGUGCUAGGCGAGCACCUCCUCCAGAAGAUGACAGAUGUGGUCCACCCAGGCACAGACCGAAGUUAUGCUGCGCAGAGGAAGUGUUUAAAGCGAUGCACGAAGCUGACAGGGACAUCAAGCAGCUGUGUUUCAAAGAGAUAACUGGCAUGGACAGGCCGGAGAAGCCGCCUCAUUUUGAUCCAUUCAGAUGUGAGAAUAUGGAGAAGCACAGGAGUGAAAUUAAUUGUGUAUUCCAGUGCGUAGCACAGAAGAAGGGAUUGGCAGACGACUCUGGAAAUGUAAUAGAAGACGAGUACAUGAAAUACGUCAAGGAACUCUUGGCCGAAGCACCAUAUAUGAACUCGAUGGUUGACAAAAUUGCCCAAGAUUGUCUGAAGGAAGCAGAUACUGAAGAAGCAAGUGAUGGAGGAUGCAAUCCCACGGCGAUCAAGCUGGCACAUUGCUUAUUCAGAGAUAUUCAGCUGAAUUGUCCUGAAGAUCAGAUCGAAGAUAAGCAGUCCUGUGAAAUGCUACAAGAGAGAUUGAAGAGCGGACCACCACCUCAAAGCCGAUAGUGCCCAGAUGAAUUAAUAGCCCAGCUGAGAAAAUCUUAAGGUUAAGAGAUUGUUAAUGUUGUACUUGAAAUAUAAUACUUACAUGCUUACAUGGUUGAGGUUAAAAAAGAUGUGAUUAGAAGUCCAUGUUUCAUAAAACAAGUUUGAUUUGAUUAAAUUUCCUAAAUACCAAUAAAAGUAUCCAAGCAACCAACAAAACGAGACACCACACGCCCUUUUAUUGCGACUAAAAUUCACGACAG